AUGCGAGAACAGGGCGCGGAACAGAUGAACCCACCCCGCAAGUCCAUGGCCCGUCCGCCCUCCAUCUUCAGCCUGAAAAGUCACUAUCCACGAGAAUUUCCCUUCCCCGCUGUUGUCCUGCACCCUACUUUGGAGCUGCUUCCUGCUCACCGCCGCCCCACGUCGGCCCUGGGCUCAUACGAGGAUCUGGCCAUGAUAGCACCAGCGGCACCGGUCUAUGAGACUCGAGCCGCAGGGGCCAUUGACGCAGAUGUUCCAUCCGGAUAA